AUGUCUGCAGUCUCAGAUCAGAAGAAAGAUGUCUUUUGCGAUAAAUGGAAGCUGGAAGAAUGGAAGAAUCUCACACUUACGGGUCCGAUGACUUUGCACGACAUGUCCGUGAGUGAAGGCGCGCACUACCCGGACCUGCAGACUCUGCGCUCAUCCUUUGACAGCGCCUAUUUGAACCGAGUCCGUGGACAUAUCUUCUACAGCAGACUGCCUUACUUCCACGGCCCUAUCAGUGUGUGUGAGUACACGUUUGAACCUGCAUUUGUCCGCAAGAGAAACGAGCGGGAGAGACAGAGAGUGCGCUGCGUAAACGAGGGGUACGCGCGUCUGCGAGAGCACCUGCCCCGGGAGCACCUGCCCCGGGAGCUGGAGGACAAGCGCCUCAGUAAAGUGGACACUCUGCGCGCGGCCAUCGACUACAUCAAGCACCUGCAGUCCCUGCUGGAGGUAAAGUCUGGCUCACAGAGAGGAAGGACAGAACCAGCCACUGGGUAA